AUGCGGUGUUCUGAAAACUAUGUAUCGAUUUAUCUGAAGCUCAAAGGUUUAGCUACAAUGCAAAUGCUCUUACUGAACUUGUCCGAUCUUGCUGCCAAAAUUGAUGUGAAAUCUCUAUUUAGACUUCUGGUGCUUAUACCUGUAGCGAGAUUUCCUUUCUGGUUCAGCUCGUUAACACAUUUUGCUCCUUUUGUUAUAGGUGUCUACCCCGUAAGGCCACAGAUCCCUGCAAUUGGAGGAUAUGAGGGGGUUGGGGAAGUUCAUGCAUUGGGAUCUGCAGUGAAUAGUCUCUCGGUGGGCGACUGGGUCAUACCAUCUCCUCCAUCUUUUGGAACAUGGCAAACAUACAUUGUAAAAGAAGAAAGUGUCUGGCAUAAAAUUAAUAAAAAUGUUCCUAUGGAGUAUGCUGCUACAAUUACUGUAAAUCCUUUGACUGCGUUGCGCAUGCUGGAAGACUUUGUCAAGCUGAACUCUGGUGAAAGUAUUGUGCAAAAUGGUGCUACUAGCAUUGUGGGUCAGUGCAUUAUUCAGCUUGCAAGAAUCCAGGGCAUCUGCAGUAUAAAUAUUAUUAGAGACAGGGCUGGCUCAGAAGAAGUUAAAGAAAAACUUAAGAGACUUGGUGCAGACGAGGUGUAUACUGAAAGCCAAUUGGAAGUGAAGAAUGUCAAGAGUCUCCUGGGAGAUCUGCCAGAACCCCUCCUAGGAUUCAACUGUGUUGGAGGAAAUGCUGCUUCUUUGGUCCUCAAGUUCUUGAGGCAGGGAGGUACUAUGGUAACUUAUGGUGGCAUGUCGAAGAAACCUAUCACUGUACCCACUUCAUCAUUUAUUUUCAAGGAUCUCUCUUUGCGGGGGUUCUGGCUGCAGAAGUGGAUGAGUUCAGAUAAAGCAAAAGAUUGUAGAGCAAUGAUAGACUACGUUUUGAGCUUGGUGCAAAGUGGAAAGUUAAAAUAUGAGAUGGAAUUGGUCCCAUUCGAUCAUUUCAAUGUGGCAUUGGACAAGGCACUUGGGAAAUUAGUCAGCCAUCCCAAACAAGUUAUCAAAUUCUAAGCUUUGGGAGCUCUUCUCAUGUGUAAAUGUCGACGAAAUUUUUCAAACAAUCAAUAAAAUUUGGGUUUCUUGUAAGGACAUGGUUGCUUCCUUCUUUAGUUAUUUUGAGAAGUGUCUUGUCAUGUUAAUCCACAUCAUGAUAGCACAAAUAAUAAAGUUAUUUUGAGAAGUGCCUUGCUUCCUUUCUUUUCAUGCAAGGACAA